CAGGGAAGCGAAAGAAAAAUGAGAAGUGAGCGGGCAGCCACAGAAGAAAGAGAAAAGAAAAAUGAGAAGUGAGCGGGCAGCCAGAGAAAAAGAGAAGCGACCGGGCGUCUUCCCUGUGACCCUCGUCCCCUCUUGCCGUCGCCGGCUCCUCUCCUCUCCCCGCGCCUCGUCCGCCUCCUCUCCUCCCUCUUCCCUGUCUCCUCACCCGCACCGCCAACUCCUUCUCUCUCCUUGCCCCAGCCGUCUCUCUCCUCCCGCGCGCCGUCAGCUCCGAAUCUGGAGGAAGAGGAGAGAUGCUGGAUUUGGAGGAAGAGGAGAGAUGCGGGAUCUGGAGGAGGAAGAGGAGAUCCGGGCGUCCCGGCGGUGGCUCGACCAAUGCAAGCUGACCUCCUCAUCUCCGACGCGGCCUCUAACCACAUUCUCGACGACGACGCGUUGCUCAUCCCCGCCGGCUUCGAUCUCGUUAUCACGCGUGCCCAUCAAGUUCGUGGACGGCCGCGGGGACGCAUCGGCUCCUUGUGAGGACAAAGCUGAGGACCAGCAUGGUUGUGGGCGCAGUGACCGAGGCGAUGGCAUUGCGUCAUUUUUGCCUCCAUUUCAUUAUUUUUAUGAUCCAGAUAAGGCUGUUCGUCCUGGUUUGGAGGCAGAUGGUGCCAAGGUAGCACAAAGUUCCGAGAAAAGGUGGUUGCGAAUCUCAGGCUUUGCAUGUCCGUCUAUGACAUCCUUGCCGUCGAAGGCAGAUUCAUCUUUCUAGUAUAGGGCUGCUCGACGUAUAAAGUAAUUUGUGCCAUCAUCUCUGCCAUCCAUUUAUCUUUGCUAAGGAAUGUGAGAUGUUACUACUUACUAAUUUUGUAUGUUGUUUAGUAUUCCACUGGUUGCAUGGUGGAUGUUUUUUGCUGUUAGCUUCUUUAUAUGCUAGCGAAGCUCGAGUUCAAUAGUUCUUGUCAUUACGUAUUUGUUAUUCACCCCCGUACUGAAUUUCUUUAAAAUACAUUGGUUCCAGUCUUGACUAUGGGCUGUUUUGCCAUGCUUACAUCAGAGCUCAAAAGUAGAUGUCAUCAACAAGUAGGUGAUACCUGUCUGUCCGAUUUAGCAUUUUCGAAUUGCUCACAACAUUUCUUUCAGCAUGUCAAUGAAAAUGGCACCUUCCCGUUCUGAUGUUCAUUAUGUUUCUUGAAGCCCUCACCAUCUUUAUAUUCAUUACAUAUUCUCAAUAGCUUAUUUCUUAAUAAUACCUAAAGUGAAUACCAGGAGCUCAUCCUUACCUCUCCGGUCUAUUCUUAUUUGAGUAUUAAGAGCACCUACAUUACUUUGGUUCUGUAUGACUGAUCAAAUUUACACACACCUCAAUCAUAGUAAAAUCUGGAAGGAGACGUAAAAGAAUCAAAGAAAAGUAGAGAUGCACAAUAAUCUUACUUUUCAGGGAUUGUUCUUGGGUUCAGCUUUCGCUGGCAUGUUGUUACUACAGAGUUACCCUAUCUCUUUGAAUCGUCGUAUAUACUCCAAACUCUUAUAGAUUAUGCAACUAGCUAAUGGUUGAAACUUUAAUACUCCGCUUUAUGUUAGUUGCUUGUUCUGACUGUAUGUGAUGAUUAUAUCCAUGUGUAUGUAUGUGGUCUUCAAAGUUGUUGAAAGAUUUAAAGCAUAAGCAAGCUCGUCAAAUUCCUUCGGUACGUCAUAUAUUCUUAUGUCUCCUUCCUAUGCUUUAGAGGUUUAUAGUAAGAAGAUAUGAGAUUCAGUCUUCCCUUUUCAGUAUAUCUGGAAGUAUAUGGGAGAGAUUACUAGGUCACACAUGUAGUUCAGUUAUUAAGUUUCUAAAUAAGUUCAGCCCCAGAGCACAUAUUUUGCAUCCAUUGUUUAUUUAAUCCAUUGAGAUCUAUUCUCUCUGGUUCAUACCGUAUGUUUACAUUUGACUUGGAAUCAGCUGUACUUUUGUUCUGCUUUUGUUGCAAGGUAUAUCAUCAAUUUCCUGUUUGGACGUGCUUUUAUUAGUUUGCUUCUAACUGCAUCUUAAUAUGUACUCGGUGGGCUCUACAAGAUUCGAUGAUGGAUGUGUGAAUGUGAGCAAUCAGGAUAUAAAUUUCUUCCAACAAGACAUGCAUUCAGGAAAUAUGUUGCGUCGCAACUUUGCAGCUUCACAUUGUAGGAUUAAUAUUUGGCACCUGACAUGAGAUUGAGAAAUACCAUGCUUUAAUUAAUUAUUAGUACAUACCUUGUGCAGGGCACAUAAAAUAUAUCUGAUAUCGUUUUUUUAUGAAUAUUUUUUUCUUUUCUACCCUAAUUCAGUAGCACCACUUCUUGAUGUUAUUUCUCUAUACGAUUGUUGCUUCCACUAUAGUUUUUCUCACUGAAAUGAAUUUGAAUUAGGUCACUUCAGUACCAAGGUAAAAAUUUAUUUGUUCUUGAGAAGAGCCAAAAUCCUAGGUGAUCGUUAGAUAUUAUUGAUAAUUAUCAAUUAAUAAUUAUAUGCUUGACUGUUUGUUGAUGACCAGUAAAUUUGUCACAGUGUGCUUUUGGAAUUUCCAUGUGUUGAAUAAAAUUGGCAAUGGGAUCGGGAGUUGGUGGCAAAGAAUUAUGUGGUUUGAUGGCACUAGGGGCAGGAGUGGUGAUUUAAGGUGCCUAAAUAAGCUGUGAGGCUGCCUAAACAAAAAUGUAUUUCUGUUAACCGAUCUAAGUCAUUCUACUAUCUGUAAACCAAUUUAAGUCACUCUACUAUUUGUAAUACAAUCCACAUUGCAUUAUCUUUC